UUUAAUGGCAGUUCUUUUCUCGAUAAGAACAAUCGAUUAGAAUUAUUAUCUCUUUAAAUUCAUGCUUUUUAACUGCUCUAAUCUGGAAUGGUUUUAUUCGAUUCAUCAAUAUUUUAACCAUGUUCGAGCUCUGUUUUCCCGCCGUCGUAACACUCAUAUUGAUGAAAAAAGUUCCAUUUUUAGAUUGACAAUACUUCAAUUUAAACUUCAAAUACUUCUUCGCUGAGCCAAUAUUUCAAAUUUAUCUAUUUAAUAAAGUGCGGAGGAAACAAAGACAGAAGAGGCGAAUAACAUAAGUGAAUAGUUAAGUUUAUACCUUAAAAAGGAAAUAAAAAAGCAAAUCCAAAGUAUCAUUAUUUUAAAAAGAAUUGAACGCCUUAUUACUGUGUAUAACUAAAAGAAUAAAAUGGCAAUCAAGCUGAAAUUGUGCGUUGCAUUUCAGUUGAUUUGUAUAUAUUAUCUCACAGAGGUUUAUUCCCUAGUGGAAUUUUCAAACGUACAGUUCGAGUCUCUGGAUAAAGACUUUGCCCUAUUUGAAUAUUGCUAUCUGAAAUCUGUGAACCGAUCUUACAAAUAUGUUUCCCUCAAAGUUAAACUACUAAAGAUACCCAUAACCAAAAUUAAGGUGCAAUUUGGUCUCUAUAAACGUUUGAAUGGCUAUAAGCCUUUUCUCUACAAUAUGACUCUUGACGGGUGCAGAUUUCUCAAAUCGGGAAAUCCCAAUCCGAUUGCGCUGUAUUUUUACAAUCUCUUCAAAGAUUUUUCCAGCACAAACCACACGUUUCCCUAUAACCAUGAUAUUGUGCUGGAUAAGAUGUCGUAUCAUAGUAUAAAUUAUAAGCUCACCAAAAUUCUACCCUUUCCGGAGUGUAAUUAUAAGUUUGAAGUGCAUUGGAUAGCCUACGAACUUGAUCGAGCUAUAACUACGUUCUAUUUGGCAUUUUCUUGA